AUGGCUACUCCCAUCUCCCUGGCUCAGGAAGUCAUCACGUGUGACCUUUGUGACACGCCCACUCAACAAUUCUGUAACAGAUGUCAAGUCAGUUUAUGUGCGGGUUGUGUCAGUAAACAUGUGGACAAGCACCGGCCUCACACACAUGUCAUUGUUCCUUUCAAGAACAGGAAGACAGAACAUGUUUUUACAGAGUGUGAAUUUCACCCAUAUCAUAGAUGCGAGGGCCACUGUCAACAGUGUGAUGUCACUGUCUGCAUGAAAUGUGUCAUCACUUCCCAUAAUGGACAUAUCGUGGGAGACAUACCAAAAAACUUUAAUGACAAGAAAAAAAAUAUCCAGAGAGAAAAUCAUGAAAUAGAAUCCAAUAUCAUUCCCAGUUACAUGAAGAAAAAUGAAAAUAUAGAAAAAGACAAAGAACUAGCAAUGAAAAAAUUUGAUGAAGUUGAAAAAGAAAUAAAGAGACACAGAAAAUUGUGGCAUCAAGAAGUAGGCAGCAUCUUCAAUAAGCUUAGAUCUUUGCUCAAAUCCAUGAGAGAUAACCAACUAGCUGUACUGAAGACACACCAAACCAAACUCAAAAAUCUGAUUCCAGACAUGAUUAAAACAGUCCAAGAAAACAAAGAAAUACUCAAGUCCAAUAAAGUUGCCAAAAUCACAAACUUCAAAUCUAGACUUAUGGAAUACAGGAAUAUUGGUCUAGACAUUUAUGUGUCAGUUCCUGCACUGCAAACUAACACAGUUCAAGGGAGAGAACUCAGUAUAGAGUUAGGUGAAUACAAGGCUACACUGACACAGUCAUCAGACUCAUCACUCUCCAACCUGACAGAUGAAGUAUCCUAUUUAUCUGCAAGAGAAUUAUUAGACAGAGCAAGAAUUAUUACCACUUUUCCUAUUGCAGUUAAACCUCUAUACAGACUGGCCUGUUCAGGAUCAGAUAAAGCUUGGGUAAGUGGAGAAAACAAUACCGUAGACUGUCUUGACAUUAACGGGUCUAUACUGGAGACUGUUUCUUGUAAAACACACCCUGAAGAUAUCUCUGUGACCAAAAACGGAGAAUUAAUAUACAGUGAUUAUGAAAAUAAAACGGUGGACAUUGUAAAACACGGGAAAACAGAGGUAUUGAUCACAACACAAAAGGACUGGAAUCCAGCAAGACUGACCAGUACCAAAUCAGGAGACAUACUGGUCAGUCUGUAUAAUGGAGACCAAAAUAAGAUUGUCCGUUAUCAGGGACAGAAAGUGAAACAGGAAAUAUUUAAAGACGAAAAUGAAAAACUAAUCUAUGGAGGUGGUAAAUGGACCCUUUUUGUUGCGGAGAACAACAAUGAAGAUAUCUGUGUCUCUGAUCGUAAUGGUGACGCUGUAGUUGUAGUGGACAAGACACGAAGAGUCCGAUUCCGAUACGAUAGUACGCCAGCCAUAGGGAAGAAGAAAUUUGAUCCAAAUCAGCUUGUGACAGAUUCUCUGAGUCAGAUCAUUGUAGCAGAUUGGACCAACGACUGUCUACAUAUUCUGGAUCAAGAUGGAGAGUUCCUGAGAUGUGUGGAUAAUUGCGAAUUAUCUAGGCCCCUAGGACUGAUUUUGGACAGCGAUGAAAGGUUGUGGGUUGGAUUGUAUGAAAAAGGAGAAGUAAAGGUGAUCCAGUACAUGAAAUAAACUUAUAAUGUAACAUUUCAGAAUAUGAUCGUGUACGACGUGUGUUCUUCGUGUUUGCAUAUACACAGAAUUACAUGUAUACAGUUUUGAUGGUGAGGGCGGACAAGUUAUGUUUUUCAUAUAUCUGAUCAAUAUAAACACCCACGGCGGAUGUGACCGAUUGACAGGGGAUGCUUAUUCUUCCUAGGCACCUAAUCCUACCUCUGGAGUUUCCAGGCGUCCGUGUUUUAUGUUCUGCUCAAAAUUUUGUAAUGUUUAUGGGAUUUAUGAGGUCGUGCAUUAUCCGUCAUCUUUUAUUUUUUUCAUUUAGAAAAAAAAAUCCUGGAAAAAAUAUCACCUAACAUAACUACCUUUCUACAAUCUGCGAAAUACAGUGUUACGUGAGACCCUAAUAUUAGAAGAUUAAAUACGUGCAAUGCUAAAAGAAUACCGACAAAGCGAAUGUGAUUAUUAACCAAGAAGAAAAGUUGAUCAUCUUUCAGUGAUAUACCUCCUUUAUUCUGAACAAUCAAAUCAAAAUACUGUUGAAGUAAAUAACCAUUUCAACGAAGCAACAUAGAGCAAGAACUCUAUUGAUGGAAUUUUUUUUACCAAAAUUUAUAGAAUCAUUAAGUGCCA